AUGGACGGCGGCGGCGUUUCGAAGGCAGUGGCGGUGGUGGCUUGCGCCGCCAUGGCGUUGUUCUACGUUGCAAUUCUCUAUGCCCCGACUCUAAUCCUUCGUCUUCCUCCUCCCCCUUCCUUCAAGAACUUCAUGAUCCGACGGUUCAUAUGCGCCGCUAUUUCUUCCGUCGUCUCCGUUGUCGUCUCUGCUCUUCUCCUCCCUAUGAAAAGCAGAGAGGCGUCAUCUCUAUUAGGUGUAUACGGCAUCCGAAUGGACCAUAUUUGGCAAGCUGUGAUCUUUCCUCUUACAUUGACUGCUCUUAUGUACGGUGGAUCCUUGGUCCUCAAGUCUCUAUUAUUGAUGAGUGCGUUGAGGGAACACAUGAAUUUUGGUGGAGGCCUUUCGUUCAACAAUAUCAAAAGUUUCUCCAAAGAGAUUGUUGCCUGUUCGCGUUCAAUAGCUUCUGAUGUUUUGGUUUGGCGUACUUAUGUUGUGGCCCCGCUUACUGAAGAGUUGGUGUUUAGAGCAUGUAUGUUACCUUUACUUCUCUGCGGAGGAUUCCAAAAGUCCACAGUCAUCUUUCUCUGCCCCAUUUUCUUCAGCUUGGCACAUUUAAACCAUCUAAAGGAUGUCUAUAGCAAGCAAAACUACAACUUGACCAAAGCCUUCCUGGCUAUAGGUCUCCAGCUUGGCUAUACCGUGGUCUUUGGCUCCUAUGCAUCUUUUCUCUUCAUUCAAACUGGACAUUUUCUUGCUCCUUCAGUUGCUCACGCAUUUUGCAAUUUUAUGGGACUGCCUGUGCUAGUUUCACGGGGAAAAGGUAUGCAAGUAAAGUUUCUUAACCAAAUGCCUACCUACUAA